AUGACUUCUGUUGGAGCGAACUCACUGAACGAAUGUACCUCUGUCGAGGCUAUAGAAGGUAGCCGUUUGGCUGCUGAUAAUUCUUCCCAUCUGUCAGCACCAACUGUGGAGGAGGACAAAGAUUUUCCUAAUAGUAAUGAAGAAGAAGCAGAGGAGGUUGUCAUCCCAGAGAAGCCUGCUUCAGCCUAUGUCACUGUCUCUAUUAUGUGUUUGUGUAUGGCAUUUGGUGGAUUUAUGUCUGGUUGGGAUACUGGUACGAUUUCUGGGUUUGUCAAUCAGACUGAUUUCUUAAGAAGAUUUGGUAGUUAUAGUCAUUCCAAAAAUACUUACUACUUGUCUAAUGUAAGAACCGGGUUGAUUGUGUCCAUCUUUAAUGUGGGAAGCGCAAUCGGCUGUCUUUUCCUGUCUAAACUGGGUGAUAUUUACGGUCGUUGCAUGGGUUUGAUUAUAGUUAUUAUCGUUUAUAUGGUUGGUAUUGUUAUUCAGAUUGCCUCUGUGGAUAAAUGGUACCAAUAUUUUAUUGGGAGAAUUAUCGCUGGUAUUGGUGCUGGUUCUAUCAGUGUCCUUGCUCCAAUGCUUAUUUCGGAAACCGCUCCAAAGCAUAUUAGAGGUACUUUGCUUGCUUGUUGGCAAUUGAUGGUGACAUUUGCCAUUUUCUUGGGUUAUUGUACUAAUUAUGGUACUAAGACUUACUCGAAUUCUGUUCAAUGGCGUGUUCCUCUUGGCCUAUGUUUUGCAUGGGCCAUUAUCAUGAUUGGAGGUAUGAUGUUUGUCCCGGAAUCACCUCGGUUUCUGGUACAAGUCAAGAAGCCUGAACAAGCUAAAGCUUCCUUUGCCAAGUCAAACAAACUUAGUGUUGACGAUCCUGCUGUGAUUGCCGAGAUCGAUCUUCUUAUUGCUGGUGUUGAGGCCGAAGAAGCAAUGGGAACGGCUUCUUGGAAGGAAUUAUUUUCGACGAAGGCCAAAGUCUUUCAACGUUUGUCAAUGACAGUCAUGAUUAACUCUUUGCAACAACUUACUGGUGACAACUAUUUCUUCUACUAUGGUACUACUAUCUUCAAAUCUGUUGGUAUGACGGACUCUUUUGAGACUUCUAUUGUCUUGGGUAUUGUGAAUUUUGCUUCAUGUUUCUUUUCACUUUAUUCUGUUGAUAAGUUAGGACGUCGUAAAUGUCUUUUGCUUGGUGCUGCUACUAUGACGGCAUGUAUGGUUAUUUAUGCUUCUGUUGGUGUUACAAGAUUAUAUCCCAAUGGUAAGGAUCAGCCAUCAUCCAAAGGUGCUGGCAACUGUAUGAUUGUCUUCACUUGUUUCUACAUUUUCUGCUUUUCCUGCACUUGGGGUCCGGUUUGUUAUGUGAUUAUCUCUGAAACAUUUCCAUUAAGAGUGAGAUCCAAGUGUAUGUCUGUUGCAACGGCGGCCAACCUGCUAUGGGGUUUCUUGAUUGGGUUUUUUACGCCUUUCAUUACUUCAGCAAUUAAUUUCUACUAUGGUUAUGUUUUCAUGGGCUGCUUAGCAUUUUCGUAUUUUUAUGUUUUCUUCUUUGUUCCAGAAACAAAGGGACUUUCUUUAGAAGAAGUUGACGAGAUGUGGAUGGACGGAGUUUUACCUUGGAAAUCUACAUCCUGGAUCCCAGCUUCUAGAAGAAAUGCCGAUUACGAUAACGAGAAAUUACAACAUGACGAGAAACCUUUGUAUAAGAGAAUGUUUUAA